CGUGCCAACGGUUUGGGGAGGUUGCUCCUUCACUCCCUCAAAUCACUUCGGAUUUUGGAAAUCAGCAGAGAAAAGAGCUCCAGAGGGAAGUCGAGGAAGCCAGAGACCGGUCAGAGAGAGCGCGCUGGCGAGCGAGCGGAGAGAAGGACAGGGGCAAAGUGACUGACCUGCUUUUGGGGGUGACCGUCAGAGCGCGGCGUGAGCCCUCCCCCUUGGGAUCUUGCAUCGGACCAGUCGCGCUGACGGAUAGACAGACAGACACCGCCCCCAGCCCCAGCGCCCACCUCCUCGCCGGCGGGCUGCCGACGGUGGACGCGGCGGCGAGCCGCGAGCAGGAGCCGAAGCCUGCGCCCGGAGGCGGGGUGGAGGGGGUCGGGGCUCGCGGGAUUGCACUGAAACUUUUCGUCCAACUUCUGGGCUCUUCUCGCUCGGGAGCAGCCGUGGUCUGCGCCGGAGGAGGCAAACCGAUCGGAGCUGGGGGAAGUGCUAGCUCGGGCCUGGAGAAGCCGGGGCCCGAGAAGAGAGAGGAGGAAGAUAAGGAAGAGGAGAGGGGGCCGCAGUGGGCGCUCGGCUCGCGGGAGCCGGGCUCAUGGACGGGUGAGGCGGCCGUGUGCGCAGACAGUGCUCCAGCCGCGCGCGCGCCCCAGGCCCCGGCCCGGGCCUCGGUUCCAGGAGGGAGAGGAGCCCGCCAAGGCGCGCAAGAGAGCGGGCUGCCUCGCAGUCCGAGCCGGAGAGGGAGCGCGAGCCGCGCCGGCCCCGGACGGGCCUCCGAAACCAUGAACUUUCUGCUCUCUUGGGUGCACUGGACCCUGGCUUUACUGCUGUACCUCCACCAUGCCAAGUGGUCCCAGGCUGCACCCACGACAGAAGGAGAGCAGAAAGCCCACGAAGUGGUGAAGUUCAUGGACGUCUACAAGCGCAGCUACUGCCGUCCGAUCGAGACCCUGGUGGACAUCUUCCAGGAGUACCCUGAUGAGAUAGAGUAUAUCUUCAAGCCGUCCUGUGUGCCCCUAAUGAGGUGCGGGGGCUGCUGUAAUGACGAGGCUCUGGAGUGUGUGCCCACCUCGGAGAGCAACAUCACCAUGCAGGUAGGUGCCUGUGGCGUAGGGGACGGACGGGGUGCAGGAGGGCAGGGUGGCACAAGGAGGGGCAUUAGAAGGUUGUCUGGGCCUCCGCCUGGGAAACUCUUGAUAGGAGGAGCUGAAUUGGGCUUGGGGGUGAGGAGGUGAGGUUGGAGGUUCUUUUCUACAAUGGGGAAGAAGAUGGCUGCCUUUCCGCACUCCCCUGCGAGAUCUCGACAGUUUGACCAUGUCCUCCGCUUUGAUGACCUUGCUCCCUCGGCUCAACAGGGGCUGAUGCCUACAACAAGUGCCCUUCUCCUUCUCUGGGAGAGCGGCUCCAAAGCUUUCCCUGCUUGAGGGCUCCAAUUGGGAAGCUGGAUGGAACUGCAGAGUUAAAAGCCAGUCUUUUAGCUACCUAGUGAUGGGUGGAUCUGGGCCCAGACAGGGUGGAGAGUGGGAGGGAGUUGAGUG